AUGGAUGUGGCAGCCGUGUAUCAGCGCGUACGGGCGGUCUGCUUUGAUGUGGACAGCACCGUUUGCAUCGAUGAGGGGAUCGAUAAGCUGGCAGAGUAUUGUGGCGUGGGCCAGGCGGUGGCUGAGUGGACGGCGCGGGCAAUGGGGGGAUCGGUGACCUUUCAGGACUCCUUUGCAGCACGCCUGGACAUUAUCAAGCCAACAACGGCACAGGUCCGUAUUCAAGCCCUGGUCGAGGAGGGCCCCAAGCUUACCCCCGGUGUCCGUGAGGUUGUGGCCGCCUUGCAGGCGCGCGGCGUUCAAGUGUUUUUGGUCACUGGGGGCAUCCGCCCUUUAAUUUUGCCCGUGGCAGCAGCACUCAACAUCUCUCCUGACAACAUCUUUGCCAACGUUCUGCAUCACGAUGCAACGGGCGCCUAUGUCGACUUUGACCGCAAUCAGCCCACCUCACGCACCGGUGGCAAGCAGGAGGUCGCGCGACUCCUUCGCGAAGAGCGUGGACUCGCCCCUUUGAUCAUGAUUGGUGAUGGUGCCACGGAUAUGGAAGCUCGGCCGCCCGCGGACGCCUUCAUCGGGUUUGGCGGCAACGUUGUGCGUGAAAAGGUCAAGGCCGGGGCUGACUGGUUCAUCUCGAGCUUUGACGAAUUGCUGGCCCUGGAAAAGAGCCAAGGUGCCAGCAGCUGA